AUGGCGGAUCGCGAUAACUUCACAGAGGAAGACCUUCGCCGAGGCAGUGGCACCGAGUUUUUGGGAGCCGUUGGUCAAGCGCUCAUGAACAGUGAUGGGCAUGUCUCUCUGGUAGAUGAGACUUCUGAUCACGUGGAUGCCGACGAAAUCAAUCUAGCAGCAUCUAGCAACAUGAGGAGCAACAAUAGUCGAUCCCCCCGAUCCGCUGGCCGUACGCAAUCCUCUCGCUCUCGCUCCCCCACUCGCAAGGGCGGCGUUCCAAAAGCAAACUCGGGAACGACGACAUGGCGUCGCAAUGUCAGUCGCCCCAAUUUUGAACGAACCGCCGUGGCUCCUACCCGGAAAACUCCGGGACGAAACAUGAGUGGUAGUGGACGCCAUCACGGUACCAAUCGUCACAGUUCCUUUGUACGGCAUUACUCGGAUGACGAUGACGAUAAAGACAAUGAUUUAUUGGACAGUGAUGAUGAUCUUUUGGAAGAUGAUGAUUUUGAUGUCUCGGCGCGCGAAGAUUCGUCGCAGUCGGACAAAUCCCUCAAUACCAUCAAGGAGCAAGCUAGUAUUCGAGGUAGUAGUACCAGUAAAGCAAGCACCAGUGGUGGCCGUGGUGGUGGUCGUGAUAGUGAUCGAAAAAGCUUGUGGAAGAGUCGAGAAGGUGUUGUGGAUCAAUCGGUCAACUUGAUGGAUGCCGAAACGGGUCAGUAUCAGCACAAAAAGAAAAAGGGAGGCAGCAAACGCGGAGCUGGCCUGGGAUUCCGACAAAAGAGUUUAGUCGAUAUCUUCUUGCACGAUGAUACCGAACGUAGUUCCAAAGUCUGGGGUAUUGACAGUUUCAAUGGUGACCCCAACAAGGAUUACUAUGACGAUGAUCGAUCUCGAGCGACACGAUGGAUCAUUUGCAUCGUCUUGUUUCUCAUGGUAUUGACAGCUUUCAUCAUUGUGCCUGACUUUGGACUGAUUGACCUUGUUUCUUCCGACAGUGACGAACAGGAAUCUACUCCUGUCACCCCUGCACCCACGUCUUUGGCACCGACACCCUCUCCGGUGGCGCCGGAAGCUCCAGAAGAAGAAGAGGAAGAAGAGACUGCACCAACCGAAGCUGAAGCAGCCAACCUGGAACCUCCUGAGGAACCUGAAGCAGAAGAGCAGCCACUUGUGGUCAACACGGAACAAGAAGAAGGAGGAACCUCCUUGUUGGAUGUGAUUCGUCCCAAUGAGGAACCAAUCGCCGUGAUUGCUCCUGAAACCCCUCCACCAGAGGCCACCACAUCUCCGUUUCCGCCUCGCAGCAGCAACGAACAGCAGCUCGAGUUCCUAGUCAUUGAUCAAGAUGUUUCCAAUCCCGAAGACUUUCAAGAUCCCGAGUCGCCACAGAGCAAAGCCCUGAGUUGGAUCGUGAGUCAAGAUCCAGCCAAGUUGCCAGUUCCGGGGGCCGAAGGUGUUAAGGUCGACAAUGUUCAACAAGCCAAACGACAAUUGAUGCAACGAUACGCCCUCGCCGUCUUUUACUUUGCCAUGGAAACGGGAGUCGAAGGAGGAAACCAACAGCAAGGACAGCGUCUUCUUCGUCAGCAGCAGAGGGACGCGAGUAGUAGUCGGCAUUUGGAGUCCAACGAACAGCGGGACAACCGUCGUCAGUUUGAUAUGGAAUGGACGCGCGGAGCAUCCGUGUGCGAAUGGCCCGGAAUCCAGUGUAACAACCAGCAAGAGGUUACUACUUUGGAUGCCUCCAAUUGCUUGCUGGCUGGUUCCUUGCCGCGAGAAAUCUUUCGAGGGACCGCCAUGCCAGCCUUGACAACGCUCGAUUUAUCGUACAAUGAGUUGCAGGGGAUACUACCAUCCUUUGCUCCCAAUAUCAGCAUGGGAAGAAGUUUUUCCGAUGAGAUGGGAAACAAGCUCGAGAAGCUCUACUUGCAACACAACUCAAUCGAAGGAACUAUUGAGCCAUUGCUUGAUCUGCCACAUUUGACCUAUGCCGAUCUGUCAACGAAUGGAUUCACCGGUACCAUCGCGAAAGCCUUUGGCACCCGACUGACUGAAUUGGACACAUUUCAUCUGGCAAUGAACAAUGUAGGAGGGACGCUACCCUCGGAACUGGCUUCUAUGACGCGUUUAGCCCGACUAGACUUGGAAGGAAACCAAUUCACUGGGAGCAUCCCGCCGUCAUGGUCAAGACUGUCCAAACUGGAAGUGUUGACGUUGUCGCAUUGCGAUGAACUGGAAGGGACUAUUCCGUCCGCAUUGGCGAACAUGCCUAGCAUGAAGUAUCUUAGUUUGCAGAAAACCAAUCUGGAAGGACCGAUUCCCUCCUUUCUGGGCGGUUUGACGCACUUGAAGGAACUCUAUUUGCACAAUACGAAACUGACGGGACAAAUGCCGCGCGAGUUGUGUUCACUACGAGACGCCAAUAGUCUUGAAGCGCUCACAUCUGAUUGUUCGGAUAUUGGAGGUGUUGCAUGCGAUUGUUGCACGGACUGUUUCUUUCGGUAG